AAACAAGAUAUACUAAUACCAAUCUAAUCCCUCUCUCUUCUCUCCUCUUUAUCUCUUGUGCUGUAGUGAUUGGACUUCGAGAAAGAGUACAAAUUUAAAGCCAGUUAUAAGAAGGGGGGAGGGGUCCAAACUCUGACAUUUUUACUCGUGAAGGUCUUCAAAGAUAAACAAAGAGUGAAGAAAUAGAGGAAAAGGAAGAAGAGAAAAGACACCACUAAAUCUCUGAUUUUCUUGUCUCAUCAAAUUAUGACAAACCAAUUCAUCAUCGUGUGAAUUCACGAACCAAUUUCAUUUCAUUUCUUUUGCCUAUAUCUUCUAUCAUUUCUUUCUUACUCCCUCUGCAACUCUCACUCACUCACUCUUAAUUUUGAGAUCUGAAGAGAAGAAAUGGGUACUCAAAAAUUGUCUUUGUUGUUCUUGUUAUUAGUUUCAGUAAUCGUAAUGUUAAAAAAAGGGGAGUCAAAAACAGAUGCUAAAGAGAUUGAAGGAUUGAAAGAAUUGAGAAACAAACUAGACUCAAAAUCAGUAACACCAGGAUCUUGUUUAAGCUCAUGGGAUUUCUCAGUUGAUCCAUGUGACCACAUUAAUACUGAUGUUUUCACUUGUGGGUUUAGAUGUGAACCUGAUGAUGUUUCUGGAAUCAAAAGAGUUACUGAUAUCAUCUUUGAUCAAGCUGGGUAUACUGGGUCUUUAGCUAAUUCGUCUUGGAAUUUCCCUUACUUGGUAACUCUUGAUGUAUCGCGUAAUUACUUGAGUGGUUCAAUUCCAGAGUCAAUUUCAGCACUCACUCGUCUCCGUCGACUGGGAUUCUCAGGUAACUCAUUCACCGGUGAAUUACCUGCUUCUCUUGGUUAUCUUACGAAUUUGGAAGAACUUUACCUCGACAACAACCGUCUCCAAGGAGCAAUUCCAGAGAGCUUCAAUGGGUUAGUAAGCUUAAAAAGGUUAGAACUUCAAGGGAAUAAGAUUUCUGGGGAAAUUCCUGAUUUGAGUUCACUUAAAAAUCUGACCUUUUUAGAUGCAAGUGAUAAUGGAAUUUCAGGGAAUUUUCCAGCCACUUUGCCAUCUUCAUUGAUGACAGUUAUAAUGAGGAACAAUUACAUACAAGGAAAUCUCCCUGAUAACAUACUGAAUUUGGAAUUCUUACAGGUAAUGGAUUUGAGUCAUAAUUUAUUAUCUGGGUCUGUAAUUUCAGCUCUGUUUUCUCAUCCAUCUCUGCAACAAUUGACUCUAUCUCAUAACAAGCUCACAUAUGUACAAGUACCAAGGAAUUUAGGUACUGAAAGUGAACUAAUAGCACUUGAUUUGAGCAACAAUGAGCUCGAAGGAUUAUUACCAGCUUUCAUGGCUUUGAUGCCGAAACUAUCAGCAUUAUCAGUUGAGAAUAAUAGGUUUACAGGGAUGAUACCUUCACAAUAUGCAAUUAAAACAGUUGUUCCAGAUGAAGGUAGUUCACCAUUUGUUAGAUUAUUACUUGGUGGGAAUUACUUGUUUGGUCCAAUUCCAGGUCCUUUAAUGGCUCUUAAACCUGGUACUGCUAUUGUUAGUUUGGUUAAUAAUUGUCUGUUUAGAUGUCCAACUAGUUUUUUCUUCUGUCAAGGUGGUAUUCAGAAAUCUUUACUCACUUGCACCAGCAAUGGACCUGUAAUUCCUUGAUGAUGUUGAUGAUUACUGUUAUUAUAAAUGUAAUGUGAUUAUUUUGAUCUCCAUUGAAAUGGGUUUCUUGAUUUCUCUCUUGUUCUUA